UCUUUCACAACAACGACCCGCUAACAUUAUCCCGCUUAUUACACGGCUACUUACUGAAGAAAUCAAUAUUUUGACACAAAAACGAUCCGCCAGAGUCCGACAUCAGAGCUGCACCCAUAGCAACGGACUGUUGUAGAGAAAUUACGGACCGCCGUGAUUGACCAAUCAGAAUCGAGUAUUUGGUCAAGAAAGAAUUUCGGCAUGUUCUGGCAAUAAUUUGUGUUGUUCUAUUGGUAUUGGAUUAUUAUGAAUGUAUUACACUGAUAUUACUCCAUGAUUAUUGGAAAAACUUCUACCCCAUAAUGACUAGCUGAGUACUAUUAUUAUUCUCACUGUAAGUCCUGGUGAAAAAUGUUUUAACCCAUCCAGUAAAGGUGACCGUGCCUCUACACUGUGGUGUGACGUGGCUCCUUUAUUUGAUUGUUUUGGAUCUGUUCCCUAGUUCAGUAGAAUUUCCAGACAAGGAUGUUUGAAUAUGAAUCCUAAAGAUAACAACCAUUGCCAAUAUUUUUCAGCUUAUAUUUACCCACGGAAGGUGUAAAUGAGAACGGAUGGUCUUUUUCAGCAACACCCUGCUCCACCUGAAUACAGUUACAAACAUUUUGCACCUGGACAUCUGCAGCUCCUCUUGGGCCUUGGGGCUGAAAGAAAACAACAGAGUGGCAAGUGGUGUUCUGAAGACCCUGUACACAUACUGUAGCCAUCGAUAUGAUCACAGGGGUGGAGUACGUUGAGAUAUUUAUUUAAAACAAAGAUGGAUAGAUAAUUCACAGUAUAUAAGAGCUGGUGUUUCUCUUGUUCAGCACCUCCACACAGGAAGGCUGAAGCUACAAGCUGACAGACAAGAAAGAAGAUAAUCCUGCAGAAGAUCACCAUCAUCAUCAUCAUUUUCUCAACCAUGAAGAUGCUGACUGUGUCUCUACUCGUCUGUGCCGUGAUGGCUCUGACCAGAGCUGCUUCUUUUCCAGAGGCAAAGCUUGUUGAGAAGACAGGACCGCUCAUUCCAGAAGGGACUAAGAAGAAGACAAAGGUCAUCAAGAACAACCCUAACCCUGUUUGGAACGAGGGUUUUGAAUGGGAUCUGAAGGGGAUCCCUCUGGACUCCGGAGCAGAGCUGCACUGUGUCGUCAAAGACCAUGAGAAGAUGGGGAGAAACAGGUUUCUGGGGGAAACCCGGCUGGCUCUCAGAGACGUUCUCAACUCUCCACAGCUGGCCGCCACCUUCACCGUCUCCCUGCUGGACACCAAGAGAAACAACACUGGGGCCACGCUGACCCUGCAGGUUUCCUACAUCCCUCCUCCAGGAUCGGCUCCGAUGUAUCAGCCUCCUCCCCAUCCCGAGGCUCUGCCCCAUAGCAACCCCAAUGUGGAGAUGGACACUGUCACAAUGAUUUCUAUGGACACGUUGGACGAGGAGGACACAGAGAGUAUGAUAAUGCUGGAGCCGACGGAGGACCAGGGUCCCGACGACGGGCGCUCCAUGGUCAUCGUCGGACCUCAGGGGCCCCCGGGCCAGGAAUCCCCCACCGCCCAGAUGCCUAAACGCUCGCCGCCGUCCUACAACGCCCACGCAGGGCUGAGGAAGCGGAAGAAAGGAUCCAGCAGUCAGUCCAAACCGCUGGCCAACAAACCACAGGACUUACAGGUCCGUGUGCGGGUCAUCGAGGGCCGACAGUUGCCAGGCAUCAACAUCAAGCCCGUUGUCAAGGUAACGCUAGCCGGGCAGACCAAGAGGACCCGCAUCAGAAAGGGCAACAACCCGGUCUUCGAUGAGACGUUCUUCAUGAACUUCUUCGAGACUCCGUCAGACUUGUUUGAUGAACCGAUCUUCAUCACUGUGUGUGACUCUCGCUCACUCAGGACUGACGCUGUGAUCGGUGAAUUCAAGUUGGAUGUGGGCACCGUCUACAAUGAGCACAGGCACUGCUUCUUGAGGAAAUGGCUGCUGCUGUGUGACCCCGACGACCUCUCUGCUGGGGUCAAAGGUUACCUGAAGGUCAGCCUGUUGGUGUUGGCAGCUGGAGAUGAGCCACCGGCUGAUAAACGCGACUGUGUGGAGGAUAAAGAAGAUAUAGAAGGAAACCUGCUGAGACCGGCUGGUCUGUCUCUGAGAGGAGCUACUUUCACCAUGAGGAUCUUCAGAGCUGAAGACCUGCCUCAAAUGGACGAUGCCUUCAUGGACGGGAUGAGGCAGAUUCUGGGGUUCGACAGCAACAGGAAGAACCUGGUGGAUCCUCUGGUGGAGAUCCACUUCGCUGGAAAAACUGUCUGCACUAAGAUUCUGGAGAAGAACGCCAAUCCUCAAUGGAACCAGAGUCUGGCCAUGCCUAUAAGAUUUCCCUCCAUGUGUGAGAAGAUGAGGAUCAGAAUACUGGACUGGGACAGAGCCAGUCACAAUGACGUCAUCGGCACCACCCACCUCUGUAUGUCUAAGAUCUCCGCCCCUGGUGGAGAGAUAGAUGAUGACUUGGUUCCACGGACCGUCCACUCUGGCAUUGACGACAGUCUCGGUUUCCUGCCGACGUUCGGUCCCUGUUUCGUCAACCUGUACGGCAGCCUCAGAGAGUUCACCGCCUUCAACGACCCGCACGAAGCGCUCAACCUCGGAAGAGGCGAGGGCGUGGCGUACCGGGGUCGAGUUUUACUGGAACUAACCACGAAACUGGCGGACAAACCUGAGCAGAAAACUGAAGAUGUACCAUCAGAUGACCUGCUGGUGGUGGAGAAAUUCCUCAGGAAGAGGAAGUUCUCUCUCUUCGUGGCGUUUUACUCGGCCACGCUCCUCCAGGACGUCGACGACGCCAUCCAGUUCGAGGUCAGCAUCGGUAACUACGGCAACAAGUUCGACUACACCUGCCUCCCUCUGGCCUCCACCACCCAGUUCAGCAGGGCUGUGUUUGACGGCUGUCACUACUACUACCUCCCCUGGGGAAACGUGAAGCCAGUAGUGGUUCUGUCCUCAGAGUGGGAAGAGAUCAAACCGAGGAUCGAGGCUCUCAACAUGCUGCUGGCUGUCAUAGAGAGACUGGAGGAGCACCUGCAGCGGGUGCAGCUGGAGGUGAAGGCCGGAGGUGAUCUGGAGGAGGUGGAGCUCCGAGUGGUGGAGCUGUUGGAUCAGGUCAUCACAGACUGCAGUGAAGAGCUGCCGUCUCUCGACCAGUGGCAGUGUGCGACCUCUCUGGAUCGCUCCAUGAGGCACAUUCGUACUCUCCACCUGCAGCAGAUUGUCGCGGCGGCGCAGGCUCUGAAGUACGGAGAGGCCACCGACCUGUCCACGGUGCUGGAGCAGGCCGAGGACUGGGCCAGCAGGCUGAGGACGAUGGCCGAGGAGCCUCAGAACAGUCUCCCAGACAUCGUGAUCUGGAUGCUGCAGGGCGACCGCAGGGUGGCGUACCACCGCAUCCCAGCACACACUGUCAUCUUCUCCCAGCAGCACUGUGGGAAACACUGUGGACAGAUGCAGACCGUCUUCCUCAAGAACCCACAGAGCAGCGGAGCAGAGGCCAAACUUCCUGGUCAGCUGAGGGUCAAAGUCUGGUUUGGAUUGGCUGCUGAUGUCAAACACUUCAACCAAUACGCUGAAGGGAAACUGUCGGUCUUUGCUGAGACGUAUGAGAACCAGACCCGACUGGCCCUGGUGGGCAGCUGGGGAACUACAGGUCUGACCUACCCAAAGUUCAGCGACGUCACUGGAAGAGUGAAACUGCCCAAAGAGAGCUUCAAACCGUCUCCAGGCUGGACCUGGGCUGGAGACUGGUGCAUCAGCCCCGAGAAGACACUGCUGUAUGACGUGGACGCCGGUCACAUGACCUUCUCAGAGGAGGUGUUUGAAAACCAGAUGAGGUUACCGGGCGGACAGUGGAUCGGCAUGCCGGAGGGGUACACUGACGUGAACGGGGAGAAGGCGGUGCCAAAGGACGAGGUGGAGUGUCCUCCAGGUUGGGUGUGGGAGGAGGUGGAGUGGAGCGAAGAUCUCAACAGGGCUGUGGACGAUCAAGGCUGGGAGUACGGCAUCACCAUCCCUCCAGACCGCCGUCCCAAGUCGUGGGUGCCGGCAGAGAAGAUGUACCACACCAACCGACGGCGGCGAUGGAUACGAAUGAGACGGCGAGACCAGCAGAAGAUGGACGCUCUCAGAAAGCAGCGUCCAGAUGAGACGGAGAGGGAGGGCUGGGAGUACGCCUCGCUGUUCGGCUGGAGGUUCCACCUGAAGCCGAGGAAGACGGACAGCUUCAGGAGGCGCAGGUGGAGGUACCGAAUGGAGCCGCUGGAGAAGACGGGACCGGCCGCAAUCUUUGCUCUGGAGUGUUCUCUGAGCAGUAUAGAGGACAAGAACGAAGACAGGUCCAUCACGACCACGUUCGGAGUCAACAGACCGACCAUUUCCUGUUUCUUUGACCGCGGGACCCGCUACCACCUGCGCUGCUACCUGUACCAAGCCAGAGACCUGCUGGCCAUGGACAAAGACAGCUUCUCAGACCCCUACGCCAUUGUGUCGUUCCUCCAUCAGUCCCAGAAAACCGUGACGGUGCGCAACACUUUGAAUCCCACCUGGGACCAGACGCUCAUCUUCUAUGAGGUGGAGAUUUUCGGCGACCCCGAGGCCACGAUGGCCAAUCUGCCCAACGUCCUGGUGGAGCUUUACGAUCAGGACACAUACGGUGCAGAUGAGUUCAUGGGCCGCUGUGUGUGCCAGCCCACCAUGACUGCCUCCCCGUCUCUGGCCUGGUUCCCGAUUCACCGAGGCAACAAGAACGCCGGCGAGCUGCUGGCCGCCUUCGAGCUCAUACGCAGAGAAAAGCCAGCAAUUCAUCAUAUUCCAGGUCAAGAGGGAGACAUCAUGACCUCCACUCACGUUCUAGACGAGUUGAUGUUUCCAGGAUUCCUCCCUGAAAACCUGCAGGAAUGGCCGGAGGAGUCGGAUCUUCCUCACCCGCCCCCUCAGAGGGAGCCCAACGUCUUCGUGGUUCCUCAGGGAAUCAAACCUGUUCUGCAGAGAACCGCCAUCGAGAUCUUAGCGUGGGGCGUUCGCAACCUGAAGAGUUUCCAGUUGGCCAGCAUCACCUCCCCGAGCCUGCAGGUGGAGUGUGGCGGCGUCGUGGUCCAGAGCUGCGUCAUCCGCAGCAUGAAGAAGAAACCCAACUUUGACGUCAACACGCUCGUCCUUGAUGUGAGACUUCCCUGCGAGGAGCUCUACAUGCCGCCGAUCGUCAUCAAGGUCAUCGACAACCGUCAGUUUGGGAGGAAGCCCGUGGUCGGCCAGUGCUCCAUCCGGACGCUGGAGGAGUUCCGGUGCAGCCUAGAGGAGGAACGAGCGGCGGCGGCGGAGGAGGAGGAGGAGAGGGAGGAAUGGAGACGUGAGACGCCCCAGUUGAUUGGUGGGGAUGUUUUUAUCGACAUCGAUGACGAGGAGCCGCUCGUGCCCGACCAGCUUGCAGAUGGAUCCAGUUCAGCUAUCAUUAACCUUUCCGCCUCUAGUUCCAGCCUUCAUAUGUUACAAUGGGAAGAGGAGUUCAUGGACUGGUGGAGUAAGUUCUACGCUUCAACCGGAGAGAAAAACAAGUACGGGACGUACCUGGAGAGAGGCUUCGACACACUGAAGGUGUAUGAUCGGGAGUUAGAGAAGGUCGAGGGUUUUGAAGGACUCUCAGAUUUCUGUCAGACGUUCAAGCUGCACCGAGGAAAGACUCAGGAUGAAGGAGAAGACCCUUCAGUGGUGGGAGAGUUCAAGGGUAUGUUCAAGAUCUACCCCCUGCCGGACGACCCCUCCGUCCCCCCUCCCCCCAGACAGUUCAGAAAGCUUCCUCCCAACGGCGUCGAGGAGUGUUUGGUCCGAAUCUACGUCAUCCAGGCUCAAGGACUGCAGCCCAAAGACGCCAACGGGAAGUGUGACCCGUACGUGAAGAUCACUUUGGGGAAGAAGACCAUCAACGACCAUGAAAACUACAUCCCCUGUACCCUGGACCCGGUCUUUGGGAAGAUGUUCGAGCUCACCUGCUCCCUCCCUCUGGACAAGGACCUGCGGGUGAUGCUGUACGACCACGACAUGCUGACCAAAGACGAGAAGAUCGGAGAGACGCUGAUCGACCUGGAGAACCGCUUCCUGUCCAAAUAUGGAGGCUUGUGUGGCCUGCCGCAGUCCUACUGUGUGUCGGGGGUCAACCAGUGGCGAGACCAGCUGACUCCCAGGCAGCUGCUCUACAGAGUGUGUGAGCGCCGAAACCUGCGAAAGCCCGUCUACCAAGACAACGGCGUCCGCUUCAGAGGAGACCAGUACACCGCCGCAGACCUCGAGGACAAAAAUGUGUCCAAACGUCACCUCGGUCCACUGAAGGAGCGUCUGUCCCUCCUCAUCUUGAGGAAGAUGGGAUUCGUACCUGAACACGUGGAGAAAAGAGCACUCUACAGCCCUCUGCAGCCGGACAUAGAGCAGGGGCGUCUGAUGAUGUGGGUGGACCUGUUCCCCAAGUCCCUGGGAGCCCCAGGACCCCCGUUCAACGUCACGCCACGCAUGGCUAAGAAGUUCUUUCUGCGUUGCAUCAUCUGGAACACCAGUGACGUCAUCCUGGAUGAUAUCAGCGUCAGCGGGGAGAAGAUGAGUGACAUCUACGUUAAAAGCUGGCUCGACGGACACGAACACAACAAGCAGAAGACCGACGUCCACUACCGCUCGCUGGGCGGCGAGGGAAACUUCAACUACAGAUUCCUGUUUCCUUUCCACUACCUACCUGCAGAGCAGCUGUGUGUCGUCGACAGGAAGGAACACUUCUGGAGUGUGGAUAAAGCGGAGACUAAAAUGGCUCCUAAACUGACCCUCCAGAUCUGGGACAACGACAAGUUCUCCUUCGACGACUACCUCGGUCACCUGGUGAUGGACCUGAACCACAUGCUGCGUCCCGCCAAGUCUCCAGAGAAAUGUGACCUGCAGCUGCUGGAGCAACCGACGGACCGACUGGUGUCUCUGUUCGAACAGAAGACCGUCAAAGGAUGGUGGCCCUGCACCUGCGAGCAGAACGGAGAGAAGAUCAUCGCUGGGAAGGUGGAGAUGUCUCUGGAGAUCGUGACGGAGCAGGAGCAGGACGAGAGACCAGCUGGCCCCGGCAGAGACGAACCCAACAUGAACCCUCACCUGGAGGAGCCUCAGCGUCCAGAGACCUCCUUCUUUUGGUUCUCCUCCCCCUAUAAGACCCUCAAGUUCAUCCUGUGGAGGCGGUUCAAGUGGAUUAUCAUCCUCUUCUUCAUCCUCUUCUUCGUCUUCCUCUUCCUCGGCGUCUUCCUCUACUCCUUCCCGAACUACGUUGCCAUGAAGAUGGUGGGACCUUUCGGACCGGCGAAGGCAGCAGAGUGAUGAUGAUGAUGAUGAGGAGGAGGAGAGAAACUAGCGGACACGAUGAAGAACAAAGUUUCUAAAAGUGAAAUGAGGCUGAAUUUAACGUGUUAUUCUUCUUUCUGUAAAAAGUCAUCUUGCUGAAGUUGUGACUGCAGUGAUGAACUCAUGAACUGUGUGUGUGUUCCAGAUAAGUUUACACUCUUUUGUACAGAUAGACCUGAUUAGUGAUAUAUCGCCCCGAGGUUCACGAGCGCCGCUGUGUUUCCAUCCGUGCCUUCACCGCCGCUUCAUCACAAACUGUAGCUGGAUGCAUUUCCAGAAGACGCCAUCAGAUCUCAGCAUGUUGUCUCUCCGUCUCUUCUGCUCUCACGCAGAGAAGGAGAAUAAAAGCCCCGUCACGCCAAACGCCGCCAUGUUUCGAAAGGAAGCAGACUCAAAGAUUGAGAUGUUGCUGCCUGAUCUUUUCACCGCCUGCUGUUUCCCGCCGGCGCUGCGGUGAAGUCAGGUCAGGUCAGGCAGCGGUGACGGAGCAACACUCAAACUUUUAGUGCUCUAAAAAAUCAGUCUUUAUGAAGAAGAACCGUAAAAUGUAAUUCUCUUUGAAUCGUCUUUACUGUAGACAUCGUAUGCUGCCUUCAAGUGCAAUCAGAAAUCAGAGAUGUAUUAAUGAAAAAAGUGUUUUUUCAGCCAACACCAACACCUCAACCGGACGUUUUAACCUCCAUGUUUUAUAUUUGCUUCCUUAUUCUCCUCUUCCUCCUCAGCCACAUCUUCUUCCUCUUUUUCUUCCUCUUCCUUCCUUCUUAAUUUCUCCUCCUCUCUUUUGUUUUUCUUCUUCCUUCUCCUGUUUGCAUCUUUCUUUUUCUCAUCGUUCUCCCUCCUCUUCUUCAUCUUCCCUCUUCUCCUCCUCCUCAUUUCCUCCUUUUCCUUUCGUCUUUUUCUCAAAUUCUGUUCGUCCUCUUCUUCCCAUCUUCCCUUACUUUUCUCCUCCUCUUCUUACUUCUCCUUCUACACUUCUUUCUCCUCCUGCAUCACAUUCUGUUUGUCCUCCUCUCCAUCCUCCAUCUUCCCUCUUCUCCUCCUCCUCAUUUCCUCCACCUCCACUUACUUUUCCUCCUGUUCUUCCUCCUCUUCUCCCCAGUCUUGUCUUCUUCCCUGCUGUUCUCCCUCCUUCCUUUUUAUCCUCCUCUCCUUUGCUUCCUCUCCUCCUCCUCCUCCUCCAGUCUUUCAGCACUCUCAGGGUUCAGCAGGUUAAGUCGAGGAUUUGCUCUUGUAGAUCUCGGGGGUUUGUUAGUACAGAGCUUGUUUUUAGAUAGAUGAAAGGACAAAGUCCGAACAGGAAAGGUUAGAGGAGACUAAUCCACACAGAUCCUUUGGGAUUUCCUCAAGUACGUGUUUGUAAAUUGAUAUUCAUAUAUAUAUGUGUUGAGAUCUUUUAAUCCUUAAAUAACCUCCGCUGAUUUAGGAAGCAAGUAGAAGCUGAAGGGAAACCCCACUGUCUUCCUCUCGUAUUUAUUUUUGCACCUUCUCAGCGGUUUCUUCUAAACUCUCCUAAACGUCGGGCUCCAUCACGUGUUCGGUUAUUCUGCUUUGGUCCGAACCAGAGUGGAAAAGUUGACUUAGUCCCGUUUGGUCCGUGUUUGGGUUCACACCAGCCGGUUACGAGCCAACCGGGCCUUGUAAACAGAAGUCACAGAGACUCACAAGCUGCUCAUUUAUUGGACCGAGUUUUGUUCGUCCUGCCAGGUCAGAGAGGGUUUAACUCCGGCUACGCCGACCUCAGCAUAUAUAUCACAGGAAUUAACCUUCGCAAAUCACGUCUGAUUUUCAGCAUCAGUCCCGAUUUUUGCUCGGCUUUCCGAACGUGAGGGACUUUCUCGCUAUCAGAUUUGUCUCCUUGUACCCAUAAACUCAUGCAUUGUGAGUUGUUUCCUGCAGAGUUUAGAUCCCGCUGUUGCUCCUCAGAAACCACCGUGCCAUUUGCUUGGAGGUGUCGCGGAGGCAGAGACCCGUCGGCGCCAACUAACGUGAUGAAAAAGACUGAAUGAAAAUCAUUUGCAGAACACUUAAACCCCUCAGACUAAGAUCAGCUGAAUCAAGCGCUCCAUGAUUAUAUUUCAGGGAAUAGUGUCACUGUAUUAGUCUAGACUUAUCUCCAUUUUCUACGCACCAUUUUGCAUCCCUGUUUGAAUGUAAGCUGUUCUUAUAGUUGGGGAAAAAGGUGCAGGUGCACACUGUGAACAAUGCGACCACCGCCCACUGGAUCCGGCUGUUAUAAUCCAAUAAGAUUCCAGUCGGUGUCGCAAUGUCUUUGGAAACUGUUUG